UGUCAGCGAUUAGCACAGGCCGUGUUCAUCAUCACUGUCUCCGCAAGGGGCGGGAAAUGGCAUGUUGCACUGCGUCCAUGGCGCUUGGACCCGGCUGAGAUUCAUAAAAGUAAAGGAACGCCAAUGCUUUGACAGGAUCACCGCAGACGCACUCUAGCUUACCAAAAGCACCGCUCUAUUAUUGAUGGUCGCCAUUUCUACGCUCCUUGUCAUCGUCCCGGCUUUCGUCCUGUUAGCCCAGGCUGCUCCUUCCCCGCGGAGGUGGCCUAGUGGCCCGGCUCAGAUGAGUGAGGAAGAGGCGAAGACAUUGUACAACUCCACCAUCGGUGGCUCUCUCCUCAGCCGUCAGCAGAAUUUGUGCCAGAUGAUCACUAUAGCUCAGCUGAAUGCAAUGGGUGAUGCUCUGCAAGAUGUCAAGAACUAUGCCACAGCCAACUGGGGCGGCGAUUGGGACACCAUAAAAGUAAACCCCCCUGAUUUAGGCGGUCCAGCACAAGCCUGCUACCCGAGCCCGAUGCAGUUCACGGCAACGUGGAAUUCAGAUCCUACAUGCUCGAGCUCAAGCACCAAGUUCACUGGAUACAUUGCAGAGGGUACCAAUGCUGCCCAAGUAAAUAUUUACCAAGGCUCCUCCGUCAGCGCCUCGACCACGGUUGAAACCUCUACUGAUAUAGGUACCGAAACCCAGUUUACGGCUGGGGUCAAGAUUGGAAUCCCAGAAAUAGCAGAGGUCUCCUACUCAGUCUCCGAAACUCUUUCUGUUUCUCUCACGAACACCAAAGGUUCCACCACUACGUCCACAAAUGAUGCUCGCUCUACAGUGCAGGACACCGUUACAUGCGACGGCCCGGCUAACGUAGAAGUGGACGUCGAUCUCCAGACCUGCACGGCCCAAGGGAAUGUCAACUUCCCUGUCACGCUAAGUGGCUGGGUGUGGUUCUACUACAAAAACAAAAGGGAUGGUCAUUACAGAUGGGCCGUUCAUCUGGAUGUGUUCCCUAUUGAACAUCGUCAGCAGACCCUAUCGAUCUCCGUCAAUGCAAACACACAGACAUUCGGUCACUUCUACGGCAACUGUUCCCCCGCUUGAGCUCUCUGUAGCCCAGCUAAUGGCAUCAAUUAUCGUAGCGCCUUUUAUUUUUUUCCUUCCCUCGUUUCUUGACUUAUCAAUAAUAAUAAUUACACGGAUCCUGUAUCGGGAUUAUUUGAUGUACUUAUUUUUAUUGUAAUAUAUCUCGUUUCCCUCUUAA